CUACUGGUGUCCUCCUUAUCUUGGAUCUGCUCCACAGCCCCCAGUAAAGACCUCAUUACAUAAUCGCUACUCUCAACAUGAGAGACCUGCUGACAACCAGGAACCAAAACUGCUGGAAGGAACUUAUUGAGAAGGAGACGUUGACUCGCAUGACCUGGAAGAUCAAAUAUAACAAGGAUCAUCCCAAUCUGAACCAAGUGGAGACCACCAGGAAGAGAAGGGAAGUGUUCAUUCCUAAGGCCGGGACCAGUCUUCCUCCUCUGAUUAAGACCCCUCCACCCUUAGUGAGCAGAACUGAGGAAAAUUACCAUGACCAGUUAGAUAUACUAAACUUGUCUGAAAUGAGGCCAGUCACACGUCACACCUCUCGUCUGCUUUAUGAUGGGUUCUCCAAGGAGGGCAAAGGAAGGUCUCUGUAUUUGAAAGUGAGAAAAGAGUCAGGUCCAGAGGAAAAGUAUCCACACCCCGUAUUGUCCUCCUGGGAUUAUGGCUGGAGGCUCGGGGAUGUGAUGACAGAUUUUAAAAGUCCAAUCCAUGGAAGAUCCCGGAUUGUGAAGGAGACAUUCUACAGCAGGAACGGAAUUCUUUCUGUACCAUCAAGCAGUGACCGGAUGCUGUGAUAUUCCUAUAAAAGUUUUUUUUUUCUUUUACCUUUUGGUUUCAGGCGGCUGUAUUAUGAAUGCAAUUUAAUACAGAUGGAAGAGCUAGAUAUUUCAUACAACCAGCAUAGGGUUCUAUGGGAUCAGUAACACUACGGCAAGUCAAAGUCUAAAUACAAACGUUAAAAUGUGACUAUAUUAUAGCCAUCUGAACCUGGGCUAUUUCUGGUUUGCAUUGUUUUUUUAUUUUUUAUUAUCAUACUUCUGAUCUUUUCACUGCUUGAAAUGAGCGCUCAGACAAUAAAUGGCCAAGCGUUACACGACACUGUA